UAUAUAGAAGUUAUUAAAAAUAAAAGAAAGAAAAUGAAAAGCUAGUAGAAUAUAUAAUUAAAAUUUGAAUUAAGUUUAUCAAACGAAACGCACAACUAAAAACGCCAAAAAAUAAUAACAAAACAAUCCAAAAGCUCAAUCUUUAUUUCUGAGGAAAUUAACACCAACUAAGUAGUCCAAACAACAAAUACUCCAACGCGACAUUUUACUGUUAAGCUCUAGAGAUAUUAGAUAGAAACGGUCUUAAGACGAAAUGCCAACGAAUUGAGGCCGAAUUGAGGCAAGCGGGAACAAUGAAGUCCUGGACUCCACAUCUAUAUCCCCUAUAUCCGUGUCCAUGCCCUGAUUCGUCCUCCUCCGUUGCCAUGACAGCCACUUUAGUGCAACGGCUGUGCCUUUGAUAUUGAAUUUAAAUUCAAGGCACUGGAGAAUCAGGAAAAAACGUAAGGAUCGUUAGUGACGAGAGCCAGAGUCUAUAGCUUAAAAAUAAAAUAAAACCAAAUAAGGGGAGCCCCCCUUUGACGCGGCGCCUCUGCUUGGCGCAAUGCAAGCGAACAGCAGCCGCUCCAACUUAAGCGCACAAUCCUCGGGUACGCCGUCGACCUCAACGAUCUCCUCGUCGCAGGGAAAGCAACAAGUAGUCGAACUAUCGGGUUAUGUCAUCAUACUCGUCGAGAAUGUGGAGGGUAAAAUUAAACUAUACGGCUCACCGCCCGAUCGCGAUAAUCUGGAAGUGGGCGAUGAGAUACUCGAGGUCAAUGGCCUGACCCUGGACAAUAUAUCCCGUACGGAGGUCAUUCGUCACAUACAUGACUGCAUCAAAUCCUGUACCAUUUGUCUGCGAGUGCGAAAAAAGAAUGAUACUAGAUUGGCCUGGGACAUUGGAAACUCGGUGCAGGACGCCUUCGUCAUCGCCGUCGAGGAGCACGCCCGGGAGCGUCUGCAGCGGUUGGCGGCCUUGAACCGGGUCACCCCCGUUGACAUCACCCAGCUGUCCAAGAAGUUGCAACAAACGAAAAGCGGCACGGUCACCAGCCAGCGGCAGGAUCUGAGCUUCCUCAACGAGUCGACACCCAUCUAUGUGACGUCAUUCACCAGCAACCAGAUAACCUGCAGCAGCUCCACCAUGACGACAGCCACCGCCGGCGGGCCGAUAAGUGCCCCAUCCCUGGCACUAGCCCCCACCACGGCCACCGGGACAGUGCCGUCGAUAGCGGCGGGUGGGUCGGUGGUGCAGGUUCAGGCCCAGGUGGAGCCACUGCAGCAGCAACAUCAGGCGGCGGCGGCAGCGGCAGCAGCAGCAGCGGCGGUGCAAGGUGCCUCGGCUUUGGUGAGUGCCGCUGUGGCAGCUGCCACGGCAGCCGAUCGGAAUGCCAACAAUACGACAUCGGCGGCCCUGAAGAGCGGAGGAUUAAGCGGCCCAGGCAGCAGCAGCGGUGGCAGUGCGACAGGCAACACGAGUGGGGGCAGCACCAGUGCCACUGGGCAGAUAUACCAGACCAGCCAGGCGCAACAGCAACAGUUGCAACAACUGCAACAGCAACUGGCAGCAGCGGCCGCCGCCGGAAAGCCUCUGCAGGCCAAGUCCUUGCUGGCCAGCAGCCUGCAACACUUGGCCGAGGAGGUGGACAACGAGGACCUCGACGACGAUGAUGACGUGGAUGGGGCCAACUACUGUGGCAUCACCUACAUCAACUACAACAACAAACACGCCCAGCUGCCGACAACAACGCUGCCGGCCACAACCGCCCUGCCGGCAGCAGCUGCCACAUUGGCAACAACGGCCGCCAUCCACCAGCAACGGCAACAGCACCAGCACCAGCAGCAACAUCCGCCACAGCAGUCGUUGCAUCGUCCGGGGGUGCCGGCACCAUUGCAACUCGGCGGCCCACCGAAUCCCAGCUUUGUGGAUGCCCAGACCUCGACCUCGCCCCUGCUGGCGGGGAUUGAACCGAAAAUAGAACCGCAAACGAGGCAUGUCCAUGGCACCACCACACCCAAAACGGAGUACUCCACGGCCAUAUCCAGUGGUCAGUUGAAGCAGGCAUUUGCUGAGUUGCAGCUACAUUCCAGCAACAAUAAUUCCAUGCAACAGCAGCAACAACAACAACACUUACUUUUAAGCAACAACAAUAAUAGCAAUAAUUCAACAGCAGCAGCCCAGACGGCGUCUCUCAUGAAGAAUUGUGAUCUACUAAUAUCGAAUAAUCUAUAUUCGCAGAGAAGAGAGUUACUAGACGAUGUCAUAGUCCAUCAGGCCAGUGAUGUGCAUGCCUACAACGCGAGUGCAACAGCAACAGCCAGCAGUGGCAGCAACGCCAGAUCCCAGCAGCAGCAACAACAACAACAGCUGCUAAGUGCCAACUACGAGUUGCAACAGCAGCAACUGCAACAACAAUUGCAAUUGCAACAGCAACAACAGCAGCAGCAACCAAACAGUCCCACAAGUAGCAUAUCAAUAGGAAGAACUGAACUUUUAUUGGGAGAUCAAAGUUUGCGGCCCGACGCUAGAGGGAACCGCCGACGUUCCGGCUCUAGCAUUGUUGUGCUAGACGGCGAUGACCUGAAGCCAUGCCUCCCGGAUGACUAUAUAAGCGGCCAGCAUCACCUCAACCUGCAGCAACAGCAACAGCUCCAGCAACAACAGCAGCAACAUCAGCAACAACAGCUGCAACAGCAACUGCAACAGCAGCAACACUAUCGCACCCACUCCAGCGACAUCAGGGAGAUUGAUCAGGAAAUGCUGACCAUGCUGUCCGUGAACCAAGAUAACGGUCCUCACCGUGAAAUGGCCGUUGAUUGUCCGGACACGUUCAUAGCACGUAACAAGACACCGCCCAGAUAUCCGCCACCCCGUCCACCACAGAAAUACAAGAAAAGCACCAACACCACAAAGAACACAAGAACCACAACCAAUGCAACAAAAAUCACUGCUUUGACUAACAAUGAUCAUGCUAACAAAUUGUUAAUUGUUGCAUAUCAUUCUUCACAUCAACAUGAACAACAACAACAACCACCACCACAACAACAUCAUGUACAACAACAACAAAAACACUCAUCCAAUACAACAAUUGCACUCGAUGUUGCAACACAAAAUAUUUACAAUCAAAAACAACAAAAUAAAUUGGAACAAAUCGAAAACUAUGAAAAUUGUCUACAAUCGGAAUCGGAAAACCUUAAGAUGCAGCAGCAAGUUGCAAGUGGAGUUGCAACACAAGUAGCCCAACAGCAAACACCAUGCCACAAGCUGCAAUCAACACUGAGCAGUGAUCCCAAUGGCAAUACAAAUUCCAGCAGCAACACCAAGUCUAAUACCAACAGUAGCAGCAACAAUAGCAGCAUUACGGAGGACUAUUUGGAUGGAUUAUAUCAUCAUCAUCAUUCACAUCAUCACUCACCCACUUCGAGCAAUUUCGAUGAGGUCCUGAGCAAACAUACCCUGGACUCCUUUGGCAGCAUCGCCUACCGUCACCUGAACCAGCAACAGACGACGAGCAAUGGCAACAGCAACACCAGCAAUAGCAACAGCAACACCAGCAACAGCAACACUAGCAGCAGCAACAGUAACACCAACAGCAACACAGAUAGCAACCAGAAAUUAAAUCCAAAAAAUAAGAAAUCAGUGACAAACAGCAACAGUAAUUCGUUAAAUAGCAGCAACAGCUCCAUGCACACCAGCAACACAAGCAACAGCAGCAGCAGCAACAACAGCAGAAGCAGCAACAUGGUGAGCAGCAGCAGCACCAGUAGCUCCACAGUACCCGACGAUCUGAGUCUGGCCCCACCCGGCUAUGAGGUGAGCCAAAAGCUCGAGGAACAGCAACAACAUGUUGCACCUGUUCCGGUGCCGGUGGUGUUGCUGCCACCAAUUGCCAAGCAUCGCGAGUUGCCAGUCGAUGUGCCGGAUAGUUUCAUUGAAAUGGUCAAGACACCGCCCCGAUAUCCGCCACCGGCUCAUCUCUCGUCCAGGGGAUCCUUGCUAUCGAAUGCCAGCGGUUCGACCGCCCAUACCACACUCUCCUCGCUGGGCGUGGUCAGUGUGGCAACCACACCAACAACAGCAACAGCAACACCACCAGCAGCAGCAACAUCACAAGUUGCAACUGCCAUUGGCGAUGAGUUAAAUGGAAAUGCAAAGCCCGUGCCACCGCCUCGAGAUCAUUUGCGGGUCGAGAAGGAUGGGCGGCUGGUCAACUGCUCCCCCGCCCCCCAGCUGCCGGAUCGGCGGGCGCCCGGCAAUGCCAGCAGCGGCAGUGGCAGUGGCGGCGUCCUCAUCGGCCAGCAGCAGCAGAUCGCCCAGAUCGUGGAGCCCACAAUGGAGCAACUGGAUAGCAUCAAGAAGUACCAGGAGCAACUUCGAAGACGACGCGAAGAGGAAGAGCGCAUUGCCCAGCAGAAUGAAUUCCUGCGGAAUAGUCUGCGUGGCUCCAGGAAACUCAAGGCACUCCAGGACACCACAGCCACGCCCGGAAAGGCGGUGGCCCAGCAGCAGGCCCACCAGCAGCAAAUGCCCCAAGCGGUGGGCGUGGAAAACGAGGCGUAUCUGCCGGAUGAGGAUCAGCAGGCGCCACAGGAGCAGAUAGACGGUUAUGGAGAACUAAUUGCCGCCCUGACACGCCUCCAGAAUCAACUGAGCAAGAGUGGCCUGAGCACUUUGGCCGGACGGGUGUCGGCCGCCCACAAUGUCCUGGCCAGUGCCAGUGUGGCCCACGUCCUGGCCGCCAGGACGGCCGUGCUGCAGCGUCGACGUCCCCGCGUCGCCGGACCCCUGCAUCACAGCGCCCUCGGCCUGCAAAAGGAUAUCGUGGAGCUGCUGACGCAAUCGAAUACGGCGGCCGCCAUCGAACUGGGCAACCUGCUGACCAGCCACGAAAUGGAGGGACUACUCCUGGCCCACGAUCGCAUAGCCAAUCAUACGGACGGCACGCCCUCGCCCACAUCUGCGGGCACGCCCACGUCGGCGGUGACGCCAACGCCGGGACAACAGCCGCCGGCGGCGACGACGCUGAGCGGUCACAGUAGUCCGGUAACCAGUGCGAAGCGCAACCUGGGCAUGGUGGUGGCGCCGCCAGUGGUGCCGCCGCCGUUGGCGCAACGCGGUGCAAUGCCCCUGCCACGCGGGGAGUCGCCCCCGCCUCCGCCACCGCCGCCAGUGUCCGCCAAUCCGCUGGCCAUGCCGAUGAGUGCUUGUUUUGGGACGCUGAACGACCAGAACGACAACAUCCGGAUCAUCCAGAUAGAGAAGUCCACGGAGCCACUGGGCGCCACCGUGCGGAACGAGGGCGAGGCGGUGGUCAUCGGCCGGAUAGUGCGGGGCGGAGCGGCGGAAAAGUCAGGCCUCCUGCACGAGGGCGAUGAGAUCCUGGAAGUCAACGGCCAGGAGCUGCGCGGCAAGACGGUGAACGAGGUGUGCGCUCUGUUGGGAGCCAUGCAGGGCACCCUCACCUUCCUCAUCGUGCCGGCGGGAAGUCCCCCACCCGGCGGCGGCCUGGUCGGUGGCCCGCAGUCCGGACUUGGCUCCGGACCGGGCGCCCAUCGGGACACUGCCGUGCUGCAUGUCCGCGCCCAUUUCGAUUACGAUCCCGAGGAUGAUCUGUAUAUACCCUGCCGAGAGCUGGGCAUCAGCUUCCAGAAGGGCGAUGUCCUGCACGUGAUCAGCCGGGAGGAUCCCAACUGGUGGCAGGCGUAUCGCGAGGGCGAGGAGGACCAGACGCUGGCCGGUCUCAUUCCUAGUCAGUCGUUCCAACACCAGCGCGAGACCAUGAAGCUGGCUAUUGCCGAGGAGGCUGGUCUGGCGAGGUCCCGUGGCAAGGACGGAUCCGGCAGCAAAGGAGCCACCCUGCUCUGUGCCCGCAAGGGACGCAAAAAGAAGAAGAAGGCCAGCUCGGAGGCGGGAUAUCCUUUGUAUGCCACCACGGCACCGGACGAAACAGAUCCGGAGGAGAUACUCACCUACGAGGAGGUGGCCUUGUACUAUCCCCGUGCCACCCACAAACGACCCAUCGUCCUCAUCGGUCCGCCCAAUAUCGGAAGACACGAGCUCCGCCAACGGCUCAUGGCCGACUCGGAAAGAUUCUCCGCCGCCGUGCCACACACAUCCCGAGCUCGCAGAGAGGGCGAGGUACCCGGCGUGGAUUAUCAUUUCAUCACCAGACAGGCCUUCGAGGCCGACAUCCUGGCGCGACGAUUUGUGGAGCACGGCGAGUACGAGAAGGCCUACUAUGGCACAUCCUUGGAGGCCAUACGCACUGUGGUGGCCAGCGGUAAGAUCUGUGUCCUGAAUCUGCAUCCCCAGAGCCUCAAGCUGCUGCGUGCCUCCGAUCUGAAGCCGUAUGUCGUCCUGGUGGCACCUCCCAGUCUGGACAAGCUGCGCCAGAAGAAGCUGCGCAACGGCGAACCCUUCAAGGAAGAAGAGCUCAAAGACAUCAUUGCCACGGCUAGGGAUAUGGAGGCCAGGUGGGGUCAUCUAUUCGAUAUGAUCAUCAUCAACAAUGAUACGGAGCGGGCCUACCAUCAGCUGCUGGCGGAGAUCAACUCGCUGGAGCGGGAGCCGCAGUGGGUGCCGGCACAGUGGGUGCACAACAACCGCGACGAGUCAUAAUGAAGAUAUAUCCGCCAUCGGCCUCGGUAUCGGCAACGCUACCGCCACCAUCCGCCGCCCGUCUUUGUCCACCAGCAGCCCAUAACCCAUUCCAAACUCUUUGUAAAUACAAUUUUCAAUUGAGCGCCAUCGGAUCGGAUAUCCUUCCCUCUACCUACCCUAGACCCUUCCCUCUAUAUAUAUAUUGUAUAAUUUCAACAAUGGGUAAAAUUAAAAAACGUUCUUUUAAAACGUCCGUCGCCUAAUCCAGAAUCCAGAAUCCAACCUCUACGUUCACAAAACAAUUUGUUGUUCAAUGAUAUAUAUUUUUAUUAUUUUUUUUUUAAAUAACUUAUAUUGUAAAGAUAUUCUAUUCUUUUUUUUUUUUUUUGUUUGGUUAAAACUUUAAGCUAAGCUCUAGCACUUCCUUAAUUUAUGGAACAAAUAAAUAAAGCAAAUCAAAAAGGGGAGAAUUGAAAUUGUAAAUGGGCCAGAAGAAUAAAGAAAUAUACAUAAAACCAUCUAUAUAUCCCAUGUAUACCCAAUAAAAUGUGUAAUAAUUCCAUAAUAUUAAACAGAGCCAGAACAAUCCGGUGUAGAUGUAUCUACUCAGAUACAGAUACUCAGAAACGGAUACAGAGAUACCGAUUCAGAGAUACAGAUGCAAAUACGAGAUGAAUCAGAUGCAAAGUGUUGCAAUUACGUAAUCUAUUUACUUUAUAUAAAUACAUACUAUACGGAUAUACAUACACAUAAAUUAUAAAUUGAAACGUACUUAAUAAAAAUAAUUUUAAAUGGAAAAGAUUUAAAUGGAAGCCAAGCGAAAUAAAUAAUAGAAAACCCGAAUAGAAAAAAACAACAAAAUCAGUACGUCAUUGCCAAAUAAAAGAACAUAAUAAUGGAGUAGAAUGAUGAUGAUGAAGAGCGUAAAAAAUAAAAAAUAAACUCCAUGAGCGAAAUUGUUAAAAACAACAAAAAAAUUAAUAAUGUAGCCAACUUUAAGCACUGUAAAAUAAUGGAAAACAUAAAAAUAAAAACAAAUAAACGAAUACAAAUAGAAAAAAGGGCAAAAAAUGCAUUAGAUUAAGAUUACAAAAAAAAAAAAGGAAAAACCCAAGUAAAUGUUGUUGUAAUUAAUUAUUAAAAACAAAAACGUCGUCUAGAAAAAAAAGAGUAAGAGUGGGCGGGGCAGUUGGUUUCAGAUUCCAACCAAAAUUAAAAAUAACUAUUUAAAAAAAACGAACCGAAAUGGUUGAGUUUUUUUUUGGGAAAGAUAUAGAAUAUAUAUAGAAAUCUAUAUAAAAGAAUUUCGGAAGCAAAACCAGAUCCGAAAAUGAAAAGAAAAAUAAGUUUAUGUUCAAAACUGAAGACGUCAAGUGAAAUAGCAAACAAAAAAAAAAUAAAACAAAAAAACUAUGUUACACAAUGUUAAAUACUUGAAAGAUUCUAAAAAAAAUAUAUAUACUUAAUUAUACAUACAAUAUAUAUAAACAUAUAUGCAUAUAUGGAGCCGCGGUUCCGAUUCCCGAUUUCGAAAUUGGGUUUCGUAGAUCGUAACAAAAUCAAAUUUCACCUUUCAACUUUCUUCUUUCUGGGAUCCUAUCUUAUCCGGAUCGCGUAAUUAUAAAAAAUAUAUGUAUAUUCCAACUUGGGACGAAAUCGGAAGUCGGCGACACAUGGCCCAUAAUAUAAUGCAUAAUAAUAAUAAUAUU